GCAAACAAAUAUGGCGAUGAGUUAAUGAGUGUCCAUAAUAAAUUUUCACAACGAUUGUCAAUUCGAUAGUAAACAAGAAGCAGCUUGACAUCACACAUCUUCGAGCCAUAUUUUAUGAAACAUUUGUUUGAUUUUUUAUAAUAACUGUAUAAACAUGCAAUAACCUGGCCUUAUGAUGAAAAGAGGUGCUAAAAUGUCUUCCCGAUAUGCUGUAUUACUUUCAUUUGGAAUUAAUAUUUUUAUAAAAGUUUGCUGAAGUCAAAAGGGAAGAUGUCAAGCUCAAUGUCUGAGGCAAAUCUGGAGAAAAAAUUCCAGACAGCAACUAACACUCAGGAUAGCAUACAGACACUCUCACUGUGGGUUUUGCAUCACAAAGCACAUCAUCAGAAGAUUGUUGGCUCUUGGAUGAAAGUCCUGCAGAAAGCAAAAAUCAGCCAUAGAUUGACCUUAUUUUACCUAGCAAAUGAUGUUGUGCAGAACAGUAAAAGAAAAGGUUUCUUGCAAUUUGUGAAUUCCUUUGCUGAAGUUCUGAGAGAAGCCACCUUGUUAGUUAGAGAUGACAGCAUUAGACCUUCCAUCCAACGAGUUUUCAAUAUUUGGGAACAAAGAAAUGUCUACACUCCUGAAUUUAUUGCAGAUCUCAGGGCUAUUUUGGCUAACAGUAAAGUUCCAGCAUCUGCACCAGCAAAAUUACUUGCACAGUUUAAGCCUGACUCUGUUAUCAAUAAAAUAAGAAAUGUCUCUAAACUUGAUGUGGAGAUAGAUAAAAAGAUGAAAAGUAUAAAUCUGAGUAAACUUAAGGCAACAGAUGCUGAAAUAGUUCAACAAUUCAAAGAUCGAAUCCAUGGUCAAAAGUUUAAACGAGACUUUGAUGACAGUGUCACUCGCCUGGAGGAGUUGAUUAAGCUCUUAGAAAAAGAAAUGACUGAGCGGGCUGAACUUAUUCUGUUACUUGAACAAAGUGAAAUCUAUUAUGACACACAAAAAGGAGAAGCAAAAAUAGUUGCUAAUGCUUACAAAAAUUUUGGUGCAAGAAUAGAUAAACUUCAGAAAAAAUUAGAGGAAAUCCAUUCUAAUUUGCCUAGUCCAAUACCCUCUCCGUCUGUGGAUGCUCCCUCCCCUACCACCUCUGACCAAGAAUUGGAAUUAAAAUUACCCAGUGAGAAUCAGGAUAAAGGAAUGACUUCAUGGUUGGAUGCCUUUUCGAGCAAAAAAGACUCCCUUAAAAUUCUGUCUGAAAAAUCUGAAAUGAAGAAAGACGACAGUAGCAGCCUGGACAGCCGACUUUCUAAUUUGAUGCAAAAUAUGCCAUCUUUACCUGCUAGUCUACAGAAUACUCUAUUUGGCACUAAUUCUUUAUCAGGAAACAACAGCAACAUGGGCGAAACCGUUGAGCCAAAAGCUAGUAUCAAAAAAGACUCUUCAUCCAUUUCUAGUAUCCUUACCCCUGUAAAAGAUGAUUACAGUGGACAGAAUACACCUCUUCAAGAUGAAGAUACUCACUCAGGUCAUGCAUUUUUCUCAAAAUUAGCUUCUAGCAAUAAAACUCAUAGUCCAAAAGACAUUUUGAAAGGUCUUACUAAUUUGAUCCAGUCUGCCUCAGCAGAUAAAGAGGAUGGUCAGAAGAAAGACAAGUUUCCAUCAUUUCUUUCUUCUGAUCCUUUUGAACCUCAAACUGGAAUGUCCACUUUCAUUAAAAGUAUUAUUCCAUCAGUGUCUAAGUCACCACAGAUUUCAUCAUCCCCAUCCACCUUUUUUAACACCUCACAUCAAUCGACUACAUCUGCCCCUGCUAGAACCGUCGCUGGCAGUCAGACAACCACUGUUAAUUCAUAUCAAACUACAUCAUAUAAUAAUGUACCUGCAUACUCGAGUCGUUCUCAACUCAGAUCUUUCAUACCAUCAUUAGUGCCUUCUAAUCCACAAGACAACUUUUUCCCAGCGCAGUCUUUUCCGACAGACGAAUACAAUCCCGAAAUAGAAAUUUUUGACACGGAAAUGGAUCUUGACCCUUGUGAGGAUAGCGAUUCUGAUGUCCCUUCUCCUGAUCACGAACCGCUCUCACCUGUGACCGACAACCCGGUCGCCGAGGCCGUAGAUGUCCCUAGGCCGAUUGCCGAAAGGCGCUUGAGUACCUUAAUAACUCUCGUCACUGAUGACUCACAUGAAGGAAGUCUUCCAGAAAACAAAUCCCUCUCAGAUGAUGCAUACAAAAGUGACAAAGAGAAUUUCACUGAAGGUGCCCCUCAUUGGUUCGACACUUCAAACAAUAUCCCUUCUGUAGCUGGUUCUAUACCUCCACCUCAACCUCAUCUAACAGAAGAUUUUUUCAUCAACAAAGAACCUGACACAGGGUCCCUCACUGAAGACUAUUUCAUUAACAAACAGCCUGAAACAUCUUUACCAGCAUUUUAUACAUCUGCUCCACCUCCCCCAUUACCGCCAGUUAUGUCACCACCUAAUGGUCAAGACAAUAUGUUCAUGAACCCCAUCUCCACGGUUACGGACCCACCAUUAUCUAGGAUUGAAACUAUUCAAUCUCAAAGACAAGGGCCACCCAAUGGACAAUGGUUCAAUGACAAUAACAGUAACUGGCACGAUGACCGUCGAAAUCCUCCGGGUCCUCCGCCUUUUCGGCAUGGACGGCCGCCUAACGGACCAUUCUUUAACGACAAUAGAGACUUUGUUCCUCGUCAGUUUCAACCGCGGCAGAGGUGGGAUCAUAGAGACAGAGAAGAUAAUCAUUUUCAUCAAAAGCGAAAUUACCCGUACGCUCCUCGGCCUUUUGGUUCACCGCAAAACAAGCGAAUGUCUUUCAGGGGUAGAGGAGGUAGAUGGUAAAGGUAGAUAAAAAUUCCUCGAAAGCAAUUAUUGCUUUUAAUUUUUCUGAAGGAUGCCUUUUUUUUUACCAAAAAUGUCAUCUGUACUAAAAUAUCUGCAUUGUCAUUGUUCUCUCACCAUAGAAAUUUAUUACAAAAUUUGUUUUUGUUUUGUUGUAAAUUUGUUUUAACGAAGCUUGUGGUUGCUUCGUGUACACUAUGCAAGAACAGUUAUUUGUUUUGUGGAAAUGGUUAUGUGUAGAAUAUGCAUGAGAAGUUAUGUUUUGAACAACCUUGGUGCAGUUGUUUUAUUGUUUGGGAAAAUUAAAAUAAAUUUUUCAUUCCAAUUUUUAUGCACCGUUCAUUGUAAAAUUAUGCUGCUUUUCAAGCAAAAUUGUAAAAAAAAUACUUAUUGUACAUUAAAAUCUAUAUUAUGAAGUUGA